AUUGGUUUAGAUCGUGCGCUUUAGCGGCUUUCGCUUCUUCCAUAGUUAACGGUCGUUCAUGAAAUCAUUUACAUAUAUUGUUCGCACAGGAAUUAAAUGAUAUCAAGCUAAGCAGAUAGCCACUGUAUAUUUCUUCACCAUCAAAUAGAAACCAGACGAGACCAGACCAGGUUAGCGCGGUAUUUGUAAGGGCAAGAUGAUAAAUUAUUCAACGAUUAUGAAUUCAGAAGAUCGGAUGCUAAAUUAUUAAAACAGUGAAAAAUAAAUGAACAGUAUAGAGAUAAGAUAUUAAUGCGUGAAUAUACAUAUCAUAUCGUUCGUAGUUAAAAAAUAAUUAUGCAUUUCUAAUGAGAGAUAUAUACAGCAGGUGCUUUUCCACUUGAGCCUUCGCAUCAUAUAACAUCGUGUUUUAUUGUUUCAUUUUUCAUAUUUAGCCAUACUGACGGCAAGCUAGUAUUCUUUCAGAUACCUCAAAACGCGAGAUGCGUACCUGAUUGCUGACGAUUGGAAAAAGAGAAUCCGUAUACGCGUAAGUUCAUACUUCAUUUACCAACUUAUUCUUAUGGAAAUCCUCUAAAGCUGAAGAGCGAGCGGAUAACAAUAAAAAAAAACAUAUAUGCAUGUAUUGAACAUUCAUGCAUGUACCGGCUUUUUAGCCUUUCAAAGUUUCAGUAGUCAUAUAGACAUGAUAAAAAGGUUAGACGCCGUUCGCUUUUCAAGUGAGGAACGACACGAUGAAUUUGACAGGCAACGAUACAUUUCCAAAAUCAACACAUCGAAAUGCAGACAUACCAUUGCAAGAUCAAGUCUGGUUUAGCGUCAUUGGAUACAUUCUUUUUGGGGCAGCUUUCAUUAUUAGUAUUUGUGGAAACUCUCUGUGUGCCUAUAUCAUAUCAACCCGAUUUAGAAUGAAAAGUGUCACAAAUCUUUUUAUUCUUAAUCUAGCAAUUGGAGAUCUAAUUUAUACUUUUUCAAUACCAUUUGAUUUGGCCAUUACAGAAAAUAACCAGAAGUGGAUAUUUCACCGGUAUUUUUGCCAUAUUUUAUCACCAGUUCAAACUAUCUCCAUGUUCUCUUCGCUUUUGACGCUAACAAUAUUGAGUUUAACAAGAUACAGGGCAAUCAUCCACCCAUUGAAAAGACAAAUUGAGGCAAACACUGCGAAAUUUUGCAUUGUUCUAAUUUGGGUGGUUUCUGCGCUUACAGCCCUACCUCAGGUUUACUAUCAAAGAGUUAAUGAUGAUGGUAAAUGUGAAGAAGAAUGGGAAAGUCAUCAAUCGGCAAAGAAAGUUUACACUGCAGUUUUGUUUGGUGUACAGUAUGUUAUACCUUUGACCAUCAUGUUAAUAGCAUAUGGACGUAUUGGGGUGGAACUCUCGAAACCAUCGCCGGGUGAGAAUACUUUGAUACAAGAAGAAAGAGGAAAGGAGGCUAAGAAAGUUGUUUCUAUGCUUAUUACAGUGACGGCAACGUUUGCUAUUUGUACUUUACCGACUUCGAUUAUGUGGCUUUGGUUGGACUUUGGAAAUGCUGACGACACAUUUGCUGAUUUUUGGAAUGUCUUGCAGAUCUUGUACUUCUUCGAUUUCGUGAAUCUGGCGGCUCAUCCAAUUAUUUAUGUGUAUUUCAGCAAAAAUUUCAGAAGUGAAAUGAAGGCGACGUUUCAAAGAAAAAAGCACCAAGCAGAACAUGUCGGAACAAUAGGACAUUUAACAAAACAUUCGCUGAUGUCAACCAAUGUUUAACCUAAACUCCGAACAAAGAGAACAAAUUUGAACCAUAUGAGGGCAAUGCAUGCAUGUUAUCUGCCAUGCAGGCAGUAUAGAAGUAUAGAACCAGAAGAUCGAGACAAUCAACUAAUUAAUGUUACUUCGUGUCACAAGAUCUAUGCAAAUGGUAAUUUAACUUGUGCUGCCAUAUGCCAUGUUAUUGUCAGGUCAGCGUAACAAUCUCCGAGUUGAACAGUUUAAACUAGCGAUAUUGGCGGUGGACGCUGUAGCUGCCUUAAGACUGAGAUAAUAGCUUUGGACACUAGUUAAUAGUUUUUGCUUACCGAUUACGGAUUAUAUCCACUCCUUAUUCAUGCAUUUAAUAUUAAUACGAACAUUCUGUUCGAGUUUCCCACACACAUUUAUUAGGAAAAAAAAUAGUUUAGAAUUGCGUGCUUCUGUAGUUCACCAGGGGCAAAUACCGCAUAUUGUACGCACCAAAACUAGUGUAAUGUUGUGUCGAUCAAGUGAAAUAAUGUAAAUAUAAA